AUGAUGCCGUACGGUAGAUUAAAUGAAGUAGAGCCAAGAAUUAAAAACCGAGAAAAAAGGCGACGCUAUUCCUCUUUAUUUGAUUUUGAUCUAGCAUUUCUUAUCCGACCUAUCACACAAAACCCCGAUAGUAACAAGAGCCUUCAGCCUUCACAAUGCUGCGUUUAUGAUUUGGCUUUCAAACCAGAUGGUUCGGAAUUGCUCGUUGCUGCUGGUACGAAAGUUUUGAUUUAUGAUGGUACAGAUGGCACAUUGUUGCAGUCUUUGAAAGGUCAUAAGGAUCUCGUGUAUGCCGUUUCAUUUUCAUAUAAUGGCGAAAAUUUUGCAUCCGGUUCCGCCGACCGUUCUGUUAUCAUAUGGACAGAGCAACAUGAAGGAACGCUUAAAUAUAUACACAAUGAAGCGAUACAGUGUCUUGCUUUUAGUCCUGCAACAUGCUUUUUGCUUAGCUGUGCCAUCAGUGAUUUCGGGAUAUGGACUCAAUUGGAAAAAAGUGUUAGCAAACAGCGAACAUCAAGCAGGUGCAUUUGUUGCGCAUGGAGCUGUGAUGGUCAACUUUAUGCCAUUGGAAUGUUUGACGGCACUGUAUCUCUGCGUUCCGCUACGAAUAAUAUAGAAAUAAAGAAGAUUGAACGACCCUCUGGCGAGCCUGUUUGGGCGAUUACUUUUGGGGCAGCUCGAAGCACUUCCACUUUUGACGAAAUUCUGGUAUUGGUAGAUUGGGCACAAACAGCUGCAUUUUACGAUUUGGAAGGAAAUCAGCUUGUCCGAGAAGACAAAAAACUUGGCUAUGAUCCUACAGGAAUAGAAUUUUUUAACUACGGCCAGUUUCUAAUAAUAUGUGGCUCCAAUCAUCAGGUCACUCUUUAUAGUCGCGAAGGAACAACGCUGGGUACAGUUGCACAGAUGGAUACAUGGGUGUGGACAGUAAAAACUAGACCGAAUACAAACGCAGUUGUUGUUGGUUGCGUGGAUGGUACAUUGGCGUGCUACCAGUUAAUGUUUAGCACAGUACAUGGAUUGCAUAAAGAACGAUAUGCGUACCGCGAGAAUAUGACCGAAGUGGUCGUGCAACAUCUUUCAAAUCAAACAUCCAUCAGAAUUUAUUGUAAUGACUUAGUUCGCAAAGUGGCUGUAUACUAUAACCAUUUAGCAGUGCAGCUCAUCGAUCGUGUUGAAAUAUAUCGCCUUAUGGUAGAGGGCGAUGAGGGACAACCGGAAUAUAAAUUGGUUGAGAAAAUAAACCGUUCGUUCGAAUGUUCACUGCUUGUGAUCUGCACGCAUCAUCUGAUACUCUGCCAAGAACGACGCUUGCAAUGCUAUGACCAUAAAGGACUUAAACAACGGGAAUGGUUACUUGAAUCUCUGAUACGUUAUAUAAAGGUUGUUGGUGGACCAUCAGGACGAGAAGCCAUAUUAAUCGGUCUGCGAAAUGGAGCUGUAUGUAAAAUUUUUGUGGAUAAUCCGUUCAUAACAGAGGUAUUGCGUUUAAAAAGUGCUGUCAGGUGCCUUGAUAUCAGCCAUAUGAGAGGAAAACUUGCAAUCGUCGAUGAAACCGGAAUUUGCACCACUUUUGAUGUCAAAACUAAACAGCUUCUAUUCCAAGAGCCAUCAUGCAACAGUGUUGCGUGGAACGCUGAUCAGGAGAAUCUUUUAUGUUACUCUGGUAGUGGCGCACUGUGUAUUAAAGCUAACAAUUUCUCUUCGCAUCAACAGAGAAUGCAAGGCUUUGUAGUUCGGUUUUCGGGAAAGCGUGUCUUCUGUUUGCAUAUGUUUGCCAUGAUUGCAGUGGAAGUGCCUCUGUCUAAUCAGUUAUACCAAUACCUUGAACAGAAAAUGUACAGGGAAGCAUACGAUUUGGCAUCGUUAGGUGUAACUGAAGGUGACUGGGAAAUUCUUGGCCAUGAUGCUUUACUUAACUUUCAACUCGAUAUUGCUCAAAAAGCUUUUCAUAGAAUUAAAGAUGCACGUUACCUCCAAUUGAUCUCGGAAAUCAAGGAUAUGAUAAAAGGGAAUGCGAAAAAGGAGCUGAUUCUGGGAUGUAUAAAAGCUUAUGAAGGAAGAUAUCGCGAAGCAGCGAUAUUAUUCCAAAAAACUGGACAGGAGCAAAAAACUCUAGAAAUGUUCACAGAUUUGCGCAUGUUUGAUCAAGCUCAGGAACUGUUAUCGUCCGCCUCCGAAGAAACUCAAAAAGCCCUGUUACGAAGGCGUGCUGAUUGGGCACAGAAUUCAAAUGAGCCCAUAAUUGCAGCCGAAAUGUUUGUAGCUUCAGGCGAUUAUGAUAAAGCAGUUAAUCUUAUGAUCAAAAAUGAUUGGAUUGAUAUGCUGAUCAAUCUUGCACAUCGUAUCGACAGAAGCAACGUUGACGUAUUGCGCACCAUUGGAAAUUAUUUGGCAAAAAAAGAAGAAUAUACUCUUGCCUCCCAUUUAUUCCAAUCGAUCAGUGAUAUCCGUGCCGUAAUAAACAUGUAUGUCGGUGCGGCGCUGUGGAAUGAUGCAUUUCUAGUAGCAGCGAAGCACCAAAAAUAUAAUGAACAAGUUUACCUGCCUUACGCACGUUGGUUAGCAGAAAAUGAUCGUUUUGAUGAGGCUCAAAAUGCCUAUCAUAUGGCCGGGCAUGAUGUGGAAGCAUUGCAAGUUUUGGAGCAAUUAAUGGGAAAUGCUGUUCAAGAAAACCGUUUCGUUGAUGCUGGAUAUUAUAAUUGGAUGCUAAGCAUGCAAUAUCUAGAACGGUGCAACAAUGAUCCUAAAUUGAAUGAAAAAUUUCUGGACUUUAGUGACAAAGCAAAUUGCUACUAUGCCUUCGAUGUCAUUCAUAAAUAUCUGGCCGAACCUUUCACGAGCUGCCCAGCCGAUGCUCUAAUCAAUAUUGCACGUUAUUUGGCUUUUCAAAAGGAAAUUUACAAGAUAUCACGAGUGAGUAUAUUAUACACUUUAAUGAAACAGGGUCAAGUGCUGGGUGCCUACAAAUUAGCACGAUAUGCCUUGGAGCAACUCAGUUAUUUGAAAAUUCCACGUCGUUUUGAAAAGUUUAUUGAAAUAGAUGCUCUAAUGAUCCGAUCGAAACCCUUUACCGAUGCAGAAGAAUUGCUGCCAAUGUGUUAUAGAUGUGGCAUCUCUAAUCCUCUCAUUGGCACUAAUGAAUGCAUACAUUGCAAAACUCCGUUUAUUUUAUCAUUUGUAUCAUUUGAAGUUCUACCUCUUGUAGAAUUUGUUGUCAGUGAUGAUAUAAAUUUAGAAGAAGCUCGACAACUGAUCAGUACUGAACCCCCUCUUGAUCAGAUUGGAAACCCCUUACAGGAGCAGAUGAAUCUGAAAACUGGCAAAGUUGUGGCAGAUCGUGAAACGUUGCUUAAAUUGGAAAAGCAACAGGUUAUAAUUGCUGAGUGGCCGUCACCGCUCGUUACCCGUUUUUAUUACAAUGUUAUACCAGAAAUUUCGAUAACUCAAUGCAGUUCUUGUUACCGUAUGUUUCAUGCGGACGACUUCGAAAUGGCGUGCCUCAAAACUGGUGCAUGCCCUUUUUGCCAUGUGGUUCCACAAAAGAAAAUAGAUCAUAACUUUAUUGAUGACAACUAUAUAGAAUGA